CUUGUUAAAUAUCUUUUGUUUAGCUUUCGGAAAAUUCAAACAGAAUGCAAAAAUUCGCUUCGGAACAAAAGUAAUUAAAUUUUAGCAGAUAUUGGCAUUUUUAACAAAUUUCAAGCUUGUGAUGACGUCACGGAAAAUGUGCUGACGAAAGCAAAAAUGUAUUGUUGCCAUUUUGUUCUUUUUAUAACGUACUAUAAGUGUGCCAAGUUGAUUCAAUUUUAACAACCCUAUGAAAAGUUAUUGAGGGGGACGGAUUCCGCCCCCCUCCGGUUAUAGUAUGUUCGAAAAACCCUGCACCGAAUAGGGUUAACGCAGGGUCACACAGUUACUUGUGACUUAAUGGCUAGCUGCAUUCCAUCUGUCUGUUUGCGUGCGUCUUACAAAAUACGAACUAUAAUUUUUACCUUACAGAGAAGAUUUUAUUUUAUUAUCCCCUUUUGGCGCAUUUGGGCAUCUGAGAAUUUCUGAAUAAAUUAACCAAUAAGCAAACCUGAAACUUUUUUUGCCGCGUUUUUCUAUUGUUAUGAGGCAGUGUGACAGUCAAUGCAUGAUUCAAUUGUUACAUUUACAUGUCAAAUGUUUAUAUUUUCACAUGAAUUAAGAUUAAAUAAAAUCUAAACUCAUUUCUAAAAAUAACUUAAACUACCCCAAAUUCGUAGAUUCAUAUCUUUACUAAAAACAAACAACCUUCGAGCACAACAAAAAAUUACCAAACAGCAUGAAAUUAAUAUCGAGGUCAUUGAUAAAAGUACAGAAAAUAUUCCUGCGUAAUUAGUGAAAAAUCUUUUUAAUUCAACCUAAGUGGAUUUGCUCAAAACCUUCUUUUCGAACUUCACGCAAAGGACAUGCUGACGUCAAAAAUUGACGCACCGGGCAGAUGGGAACUAUUCCUCAGAUGAUGCAAAGGAAAUAUAUAGGAAAAGUAACGAAAAAACAAGAGUUCAAGGUCUAUAUACUUUACAAAAAAAUGUUAUUCAAAUUAAUAGAAUAAAGAAGGAAAUCAAUUUUAAUAAACAUGAUCUAUAUUCACCUUCAAUAAAAAACGUUCGAUAAAAUUGUUGUUUGCUUUGAUUUAUUAAAGCAACCACUCAGGACAGAUAUAUUUUGCAUUGAGUCAAGUCACAAACUCACAGGGAAUAUUUCCCAGUUUAGCUACUAAAUUAGAUACUCGAUCAACCGAGCAAUACAAUUAUAUGCGAGGACAUUCGAAGUUGAUAUCAAGAGAUACUGUCCUAAUUAGCCAUAAUUCUAUUACAGUAAGUUUGCCUAAUACAAGUCUUACAACAAACGAUAUUAAGUUCGACCGCGUGCUUAUGGAACUUGAUUUAUUACGCUUAACAGAUACCAUUUAACUCCCACUGUAACACAAAACUAGAUUCCUUUAAUUUGAUUUUAACCCUAUUCAGGUCGGAGUCUGAGUGACUCUGUAAAAGAUUGGAGAGAGGGCAAAACAAAAUGCGGGGGCGUAAUAAGGGUGUGAACAUUACGCAACAAAAUGUAAAUGUUAUAUACAUCAUGAAAUGCGCUUAAAAUUCUAAAAGAACGUUUUUAUGAUUAAUUUUUGCAUAAGGGGACUAAGAAUUAUGAACGUAGCCGACCACCACUGAGGGUGCAAUUUUAAAUAAAUUUUAAUAAAUAAAGAAUUUCAUUUGGAGUGAUUUUUAAGUAAAAUAAGCCAGGUAAUCAAAAGUUACAAGGGAAAAACGGAAGAUUGGGUAUUUUGGGUUAAACAACAGUGUGAAUAAAUUUUCUAGUUUUAAGACAUAACAAUAAAAUGAGGCUAUCUUAUAUUGCAAUAUUUUUUUAAAGUGACAAAAAGGGCGUCUUAUGAAAACAUGGUUAGUUUUCUUUAUCUAUAUCGUAAGAAUUAAUUUAAUCGAGACAGCCACUAUAUCUUAUUCAACAUUCCUUGGGAUAUGGAAUUGUUGAUGUUGAUGUUGACUCCAACAUUUUAAUGUAAAUGCAUUUAGUGACGAAAACUAUUUCCUUGAUUUUCUCACUGAAUAUAAACAAGUUGUCACCUCCCCAACUCAUAUAUCAGGUUUACUUAUUGACCAUAGCUAUCUAUAUCCAUGAGAAUGUUCUCAAAACCUUCGUCCUCAAAACGUCGAUAUCAUCCUUGUCCGAUAUCUAUUUUAGUUAGUUUUCUUCUUGAAUUUUUAACCUUGUACUUUGGUUGCAGAUAUUACAUGCAUCGCGUUUUUGUUCUCUGAGAAGAGUCUUGCCAUGUAUGAUGAUGGAGCAAAUCUUCCAGUCAUCGGCUUCUUGUCUUCUGUGCGCUUCUAUUGUAAUGGCUACCCUUUCUUUUAAGUGACUUUUUGGUGAAAUACAAAUCAAGAAUAUGCUUUUUAGGUGCAGGUUGCAAAUAAUAAUCUGGACAGUUCUGGAUGAUGCUGUUGACUCGAUUGCUUGUUGAUGGCAUAUAAAAUCAUAAUCAUCCUCAUGGGAUGAAUGGAUUUGUAGGUGGGAUGGGAAAAGAAAUUGUCUUUUAUUAUGACAUUAUCUGUCCUUAUGCCUAUCUGGCAUCAAAGCUUAUAAAGGAUGUGGCUCAAAGGAAUGGUGCAAAGCUGGUAUGGAGACCUGUAUUAUUGGGUGGAAUUUACAAAAGUACUAAACUUGCGACAACAAAUAUUCCUGAUAACAAAUUAAUAAAAUCUUAUUCAGAUCAGAAAAGAAGGAUUCUUGCACAAGAUUUAGCAAUUCUUUAUGAUCGAUACAAAGUACCAAUUUCAGCAUUUAAAGUUCCUGACAUUCAAACUUUAAAUGCUAUGCGGCUGAUAGCUUCGACACCUAGUGAAUCAGAUGCAGUUCGAGAAAAGUUAACACAUGUAUUGUUCGAUGCAAUUUGGUUACACCAAAAUGAUGUAAGCGAUCUAACGAUCUUACAAGGUAUUGCAGAUUCCGCCUUGUUGAAUUUAAAUGUCAACAAUCUGGUUAAUGACAAGCUGAAUCCUGCUCGAGAGAUUUUAGUGAAAAAUACGGAAGAAGCAGUUAAACGUGGUGCCUUUGGUGUCCCAAGCAUGUGGGUAAAUAACCGACUGUACUUUGGCAGUGAUCGUCUGUUUAUGGUUGAAAAUGAGCUUGGUAACAAAGCUGCUAAACCACACCGUUUACUUUUGAAGAGUAAUGUUGAAAAAGCCAAACUGACAGUAUUUUUAGAUUUCUCCAGUCCAUGGACGUAUUUAGCAAUGAAACAGAUUCCUGCACUAUUAAGAAGUGUUUCUCCGGUAGAGGUUGAUGUUGAGUACGUUCCUGUUGUAGUUGGUGUUAUUUUUCGUGACAUUGGAACUCCCAUGGUUCCUCUGUAUACAAUGGGUGAGAACAAGAGGAAUUACCAGAUUCAAGAUUUUAAUGAUUGGUUAAAAUAUUAUGGCAUAAAAAACUUUCAAUUUUCAAGUCACUUCCCACUGCGAACUUUGCUACCACUUCGCGUCUCCAUAGUAAAUCCAGAGUUCAAAAUGAUGGAGAAUAUAAUGGAUGCUAUAUGGUGCGAAAAUAAAAACGUAUCGGAUGAACAGGUGCUUAGUGAGAUUUUGUCUUCCUCUGGAUACGACGCGCAGCAGCUUUUGAAAGACGCUCAAGCUGAUGAAAUCAAACUGAAACUACGACAAAACACCCAACGGGGAUUGGACGCCGGUAUAUGUGGUGUUCCUAGUUUUCAAAUUAAUGAUGGUCCGGUUGUUUUUGGACAAGAUCGAAUGAACGUUCUGGCGGAUAUGUUGCUGGGUUGGAAGUUUGGAUUAAAAGAAAAACUUCAAGGAAGUAAAUUAUAAAGAAGAUGAUUGGAAAAUGAAUCACUAACAUUGGUGAUAUUGCAAUGUCAUAAGGAACUUGUAACAUCCUGGAAGAUUUUAUCCGAGCGGUUACUGUAACUAUAAUACAAUAACGCCAGGAUGGGUAAAGCGAUUCGCUUUUCGGCCACAUAAAGCAAUUAUCGUCAGCUCCAAAUGGGUUUAAGGGGUUACAUUUUGGCGAGUAUUUAAUUUGGCGAAUGACCAAAAUCGAAUAUGUGGCGGGGGAUUUAAUUUGACGAAUGAUCAAUUUUAUAAAAUUUGGCGAGUAUUUAAUUUCGCCGAUACAAAAAAAUGUUUAUUUUAGCGGGGAUUUAUUUUGGCGAAUGACACAAAAAAAUGAAUUUUUAUGUCUUGGUAUGUUUUAUAAAAAAUAAGAAUAAACGUAUAUAUAAACGCAAGAUUUGUUAUAGAGUUAAAAAUUUAUACUUUAAAACUUGUUGUGAAUAUAAAAAAAAGUUUGUUUUUUGGGGGAAAAACAUUUUUCUUUUCUAAAUUAAAAAAAAACUUUAAUUUAGCAGGGAUUAAAUUUGGCGAACGGUAAAUUAUGUUAAAUUUGGGGAAUAUUUAAUUUGGCGAAUGGUCAGUUAUCAAAAUUUUGGCGGGUAUUAAAUUUGGCAAAUUUCGCCAAAUAUAAUCUUCGCCAAAAUUUAUCCACUUAAGGUAUAAGAUCUCCUUCAGGAAUUUAAGAUAUUAGCUUUUAUAAAAACAUGGCGAAAAUGGUGCUGUCAACUUCCACAGAAAAAGUGUUUUUAAUUUAUACGUAGGCACAUUUGGGCUCUUUAUAAAGAGCUUUAUCAAGUCAGCAGAAGAGGAAUCACGACGUAGGAAUCAUUUGCGAAUUUCAAUUGUCUUAAAUAUCAUGUUUUGGCAAAUUUCCGGAAAAAAUCAAUUCAAAGUGAUUUUAUUGGAUCAUUUUCUGAAUUAUUGUUUCGAUAGUUAUUCGCAUGAUUUCUAAAUCGUAAUAAUAAUUAUUUAGAGAAACAUAAAUAUAAUAUAUAAGCAAAAACAAUUUGAUAUAAAAACUUUCUUAUUUCUCCACAAUUUAAAAACAAUUUACCUUGAAAUUUGGCUAAAAGAAUCCUCCCGCUUACUAUCGUCUUCAAAUGUGUUUUAAAAGUAAAAUUUAUAUUUAGAUGUGGAACACACAGCUUCUAGUUUCGGCUGAAAGCUCGUAAAAAUUUCUGAUCUUCUGAGAUUUAAUUGAACAUAAUAUGCGUGUCUCAGACGCGGUUAGUAAAAAUUGACGCUUAAUCCGCUACUUUAAAUAAUUGCAUAGCUCAGGUUUAAAAAAGAUCUCUUUUUGAUCUUCUUUGUCAUGUAAAUACUUAUAUUUUUAUUCUUCGUUAUGCUAAUAAAUAUAUCAUUUUUUAGCCA